AUGCUGGCGUCUUACGCGGAACCUGCUUCGAGCGCCGCUAUGUGCGACGUUGCAUUGAACACGGUACAUUCCCUGCAUGAGUUGAGUGAGGCUGAUCAAGAGGCGAUCGUUCAGGAUAUCAUUUCGGAUCGCAUCCGAAAGAUCCAGGAGCUGACUGAAAAGAUUGAGCAGCGAAACCAACAAAACGAGCGCAAUGCAGAAAGGGAAGCCAUAGAGGCUGAAGAGAAGGAGCUGCAGAUGGAAAAGCAUCGCCAGGAGCGGCUCCGCCGGGCCAGUGAGGCCUUCAAGGUCUUUGCGCAACGGACGGACGCUGAGACGAAGAGCCAAAAGGCACAAGCGGCCCAGCUGGUGGCUGAACUGCGGCAGAAGGAUGCCGAGGCCAAGGAGAAGGCUGCUGCCAAGGAGGCGCAAAGGAUCUUGGUGCAAAGGCAGCGCCUGGCACACCACCGCCGCCUGCAGGAGGAAGCAGACCGUGCAGUAAGGGCAAGGCGUGCACAGAUCAAGGCCAAUGCUGAGCGCCGAGCAGCUGCGCUGGCCGAUGUGCCCGAGGUCUUGCCCCGUCCCAAGCGUCCGGCCACCGCCACAGGGGUGGGCCUUGGGGUGGGCCUUGAUGGUGCUGCAAUCGCACGACAACAAGGCUUAUCUCGAUUUGCAGACAGCUUGGAUUCGGCUCAUGGAUACUACCUGGGAACUUCCCGCCCGAAGUCUGCAAAGAUGGUAGGCUUGAGACGCACACGCUCGGCCCCGCAUUCCAGGCCAAAGAGUGCUUGCAUUGCAUGUGGAGCACCCUGUUGCUGA